CAGAAAGGAGGGAAAAAGAGAGGACAAGAAGCUGCAGACUCAAGUAUGCAACUGACUACAAGGAGGCAGUCGUUCAGAAAGCUUCCUUCUCUCUUCUGAACUCCUUCCUAGCUUCCCUCCUCCCAGAUCAUUCAGCGACCCCGGGCCGGGCGGAGACAGACUGAAGACAGACCAGGGCAGCUAGAGCACCCGGCCCUAACUGCGAUUCUUGGAGUUGACAUGUCCCGCGGCGCGGCUGCAGAGCCGGCGAGCCCCGCGCCUCCGCCCGCCAGGGGGCGCUCGGCCGGGCGCCGACCCCAGAGCCGCGGGGCUGCGGGGCUGCUGGGAGGCGGAGCCCGGCCCGGCAAGAUGGCGCCGUCCGCGUUGUUGCGCCCCUUCUCCAGGCUGCUGGCCCCGGCCAGACUCCCGAGCGGCUCUUCAGCGCGGUCAAAAUUCUACAUUCGGGUGCCGCCACAUGACAAACCUGACUGGCUGAAAGUUGGACUGACGUUGGGCACCUCCAUCUUCUUGUGGAUCUAUCUCAUCAAACAACAUAAUGAAGAUGUUUUAGAGUAUAAAAGAAGAAAUGGGUUGGAAUAAGCUUUUGAAACACUAAUAUAGUAUGCUCCAUAUAGUGAUUAUAGCAGUUCCUCUCAAUUCACCAGCCUGUUGAGUUGUAAACGUGAGAGAAAAAGUUAUAUGUGAAUAUAUGUCAAGUCAGCUUUGUGUUUUGCAUCAUUAAAUGAAAAAAUAAAAAUAUUUCUGUAUUCUUCA